CUUCGUCUCAAUCUGUCCCCUGAUUAAACACGUCCUGCUGUUUUACGCACAAAGAGGAAUGAAACAGAGAGAAACUGAUUGUAACAUGCGCGUCUCUGUGUGGUCGAGUGUUGUGUUUAUGCUGCUUUUUCCGUUUCCGCGGGUUUGUAAACGUUUCUGAAAAUACACGGAAAGCUUCGUCACGAAUAUGGUGACAGGACCAUAGACUGCGUAGAACACUGCCUGUCAUCUUCUAAUGACAGGUGACGCAGCAUUUUGACAUGUUGGGGUUCAGUGCGCAUAUAACCAGAAACAAUAUCAGUGCGCCACUGUUUCUGCACUUGGAGCAACAGUUUCACUACCACUCAGGACUGCAUGUGUGUAAACCGAAAAAUGAAAGUCACAUUGCAGUUUUAGGCUCCAGAUUUGUUGCAAUGGCAUCCUCACUCAGGAGUUUGGUUCAUGAUGACAGCAGGUACCAGAAAUCCUUCCAGCUUUUUCUGGAGUGCUCCUCUGAGCAUCAGUGUAUGCGAGACUUCAUCAACAAUAUACUACCAGAUAUACUGGCCAGCAUUGGAGAUGGAAAGUCCCAUCUAAAUGUGAUCGGAGUUGGAAGUGGCGCUGGUGAGAUUGACCUGGAGAUGCUCUCCAAGCUCCAUCUGCAGCACCCGGGGGUGACAGUGGAUAAUGAGGUAGUGGAGCCGAGCAGCCAGCAGCUACUCAACUACAAAGUUUUGGUGUCUAGGACACCAGAUUUGGAGUACAUUAACUUCACCUUCAACAAGAUGACUGCCUCUGAGUUCGAGGAAGACUUGAAAAGGAAGAAGAUGAUCAAGAAGGCUGACUUCAUUCACAUGAUACAGAUGCUGUACUAUGUAAAAGAUCCUGAAGCUACCGUCAGCUUCUUCCAGAGUCUCCUUGACAAGAAUGGAAAGCUUCUGAUAAUUCUUGUGUCUGGUGAGAGUGGUUGGGGAAAGCUUUGGCGGACUUACAGGAGCGAGCUCUGUAACACUGAAAUAAGCCAGUGUGUGACCACUGGAGACAUCAAAAGCUUCCUGGACUCUAGCGGCAUAAGAUACCAAAACUACACGCUGCCAUCUCAGAUGGAUAUUACAGAGUGUUUCUCUGAGGGGGAUGAGAAGGGAGAGCUGCUUCUUGAUUUUCUGACUGAGGUGCUGGACUUCAGCAAGACAGCCUCACCUGAGCUCAAGGCUGGUGUCUUGGAGCUCCUUCGGCAUCCAGACUGUAGUGUUGAGUCCAAUGGCAAAGUUAUCUUCAACAACAACCUUGAGGUGAUAGUCUUAAACCAGCUCACUUAAAAACAUGGUGUUAACAUGCUGAAUGUGUAGUUUGCUAAAAGGAAGAAAAUAUUACUGGAUCAGUUUUAAACACUAUUAUUGCAUCAAAUUCUGUACUGUGUGAUUAACUGUACGUCUGUGCAAGCUAUGGAUGUGUGUAUUGAUACUGUAGUAUUGACACUUAGAUACAUACAAAGUAAUCAUUUGGUAUCAAUACCAAAAAGUACAGGUACCACUUUGAAUUUAAGAAGUUUUGUAUUGCAUGUCCCUAGUGCCAGCUGCCUCAUCACAAACUCUUCUUUAGGAGUCUAUUUUUGUUAUAAGCUAAAAAUCUAAAAUAUUUCUAUUUUGUUGAUAUCAGUAUUAUCUAAAAUGUAUAGGUAAUUAGUAUUAUUGUUCAUAAUAAAAAUGGUUUGACUGUU